AUGGCCGAGAAUAGAUGUCUCAUUCGUCUUAACCGCCACACACUAGCUGUUACUAUCAUUUUCAAGAAACAAUGCGCCGAUUAUGGGCCAAGAUUGACCAUGCAAGGUUCAAAGCAUGGCUCUGAUGGAGCGCAAUAUGCCUUCCCAACUUGGCGGAAAUGUUUGAUUCUCACCGAUGCUUGCUUCGUGGUUUUCACCAGUUCUUCCGCCCUGUGCUCCAUGUUUCCGGCGACCGCGCAAAUCGCAGCCGAGCUGUCCACCACGGUAGAAACACUCCAUAUUGCUAAUGCGUGUGUCCAGAUUGCCAUGGGCAUAUCUUUGUUCGUCUGGCAGCCGAUACGGAGUUUUAUUGGGCGCCGGAAUGCAUACCUUCUGGCAAUCCUCACCCUUUUCUGUUUCUCUAUCGGUGCAGCCCUAGCUAUCAAUGCGAGCAUGUUCAUCGCGAUGAGAAUCAUUGUUGGGAUCACAGGGACGUUCCUUCUGGUGGCAGGACAAGAACUACUGGCAGAGACAUUCGAUCCGGUUGCACGUGGAGCAGCAUUCGGAUAUAUGCAGAUAGGAAAUACCACAGGUCUCACCAUUGGACCUUGUAUUGGCGGCAUUAUUGUCUCUUUCACCCGUUGGCGGAUAAUAUACUGGUUACAAGUCGGAUUAGCCGGCUUAGGCCUGAUACUAUCGUCGCUCUUUAUUCCGAAUGAGAAAGGAAAAAGCGAAACAGUCCAUGGAUCAAUUUCAAGACUUGCGGCAUUGAAUCCGGUAAAUCUCCUCAAGCCGCUCGUUUACCCAAAUAUAGUUAUCACAGGUUCCGAGAGGUGUCCCGAGAUACAGCAUAUCCUUACAUCGAAGCAGGAUAUUGCGUGCGGCUUUCUGGUAUUCUUCCAAUUUAUUGUCCUCACAUCUAUCCCACAUAUUAUUAAUCCUCGAUUCCACUUCACCACACCGUUGGUCAGCGGUCUUUUCUAUCUCGCACCUGGGGGAGGCUUCGUUCUUGGAUCAUUAGUUGGGGGGAUUGUCUCUGACAGGACCACGAAACGGUACAUUGCGAAGAGGAACGGGAUCCGUUUACCUCAGGAUAGGCUGAACGGUAGUCUACCCAUGUGGCUGGGGUUCAUGCCCGUAAGCAUGGUCAUUUACGGGUGGACGUUGGACCUGGAAGUGGGCGGAAUGGCUGUCCCAAUUAUAAGCGUGUUUUUCGCGGCUGGUGGUAUCGUUGUAGCUUUUAACGGGCUCAAUACGUACACCGCGGAAGCACUCCCUGAACAUCGAUUCGCUGCCAUCAGUGGCAAAUAUAUCAUCCAAUAUGGAUUCGGGGCUGUGAGCACCGCCGCCGUGGUGCCAUUGAUUGAUGCCAUUGGGGUGGGUUUGGUAUUCACUAUCUGUGCUAUAAUCAGCGUUAUUGGGGGAGUUGGGGUCUUUCUUGUUGCCAAGUAUGGCCUUCAGAUGCAGAAUCACCGGUUUAGCUCGAGAGUAUAG